CUCCUCGCCAUUCAACUGAAGCAGCCUGUAAGACAACUCCAGGAGACAAGGAUUACAAUGCAAAUGGUAAGCUUGCAGUUGCAACAUUUGUCAAAUGGCUGCAAGUCAUUGUUCUUUCAUCAGUCUCAAGGUUUAUUUUGAUAAACUUUCUAUAGACAUACUAUUUAUUUUGUUCAGAUAGCUAAACUGUUACAACAGUUGAGGACAGACGUUGUUAUACAUUUUCCAGAGAACAUAAUGGAUAUUUACUUCAAAAUCCUUUUUUUACAUCAACAAUUAUAAUUGGGUCGCUUCUGCGAUGAAAAAAAAAUGAAGAAGAAACGGACAACAAUGUUUCCUGUCCCAAAAUACUUUACUAGAUUGAUUGAAAUUUAUUAAGAAUAAAAUGGAUGUUGGAGACUUGGCAACAUAAGAAGAAUAUCCCUUCUCUUUGGACUGACCACACUAUUUCAAAAUGAUUAAUAAAUCAGUGAUGGAGAAAAACGACUAAGGGGAUGGAGCGUCAACUCCAGUCAACUCUUGCAUUAUAUGGACAAAUGAUGAAUAUCACAAACGAUACCAAUGUGACAGAAUCUUCAGAGCUUGAUGAAAAUGAUGAGAGUUUGGCGUAUCAAACCAGUUUGGCAGUGAUUCUCUUCGUUGUCACACUCGCUACUACUUUAUCCAACGCAUUUGUCAUUGCAACGAUUUAUCAGUCUAAGAAACUGCACACCCCAGCAAACUUUCUCAUAGCGUCUCUAGCUGUCACCGACCUCUUGGUGUCCAUUUUGGUGAUGCCAAUAUGCGUCCUGUACACGGUGAGUCACACCUGGACUUUGGGACAAGUUACAUGUGACAUUUGGUUAUCCUCAGAUAUAACAUGUUGCACUGCUUCUAUCCUUCACUUAUGCGUAAUCGCUUUGGAUCGAUACUGGGCAAUAACAGACGCCGUUGAGUACUCCAAAAAGCGCACGCCAGCGCGCGCGGCGGGAAUGAUCGUGACGGCUUGGGUCAUCGCUAUCUCCAUCUCCCUGCCCCCGCUUUUCUGGCGCCAGGUGAAAGCGGAGGAGUUAACUGAAUGCAAUGUCAACACGGAUCACAUUUUCUACACUAUUUACUCCACGUUUGGAGCAUUCUACAUCCCUACUCUGCUGCUUAUUGUGCUUUAUGGAAGGAUAUACUUAGAAGCACGUAAGAUCAUUUUGAAACAGUCACCCAAAAAGGUAGGGAAAAGACUCACUUCAGCGCACCUGAUCACCAACUCCCCUGGAUCUGUGGCAUCGACAUCAUCUACUCAGUGUAAAAUACACGAUACCCACUUCAGUGACACGGGGUCCUUGGCAAGUAAGAACCAUGUGAAAGUAACCGUGUCUGACGCACUUUUGGAGAAGAAAAAAAUAUCAGCUGCUAGAGAGAGGAAAGCGACCAAAACAUUGGGAAUAAUAUUAGGCGCAUACAUUAUAUGCUGGUUGCCCUUUUUCAUAUACACCCUGGUGGUGGCCACAUGUGAAACUUGUUUUUACCCUGAGUUGUUUGACUUUUUCACCUGGCUUGGUUAUCUCAACUCGUUAAUCAAUCCAAUUAUAUAUACCAUGUCCAAUGAUCACUUUAAAAAAGCUUUCCAUAAACUCUUACGCUUCAGAUUUUGCAUAUCCUGAACAUAUGUCUUCCAUGUCCUAUUUUGUUUGCAUUAUUGCUCUAUACAAUACAGCAUACAAUACAGAUACCCCUGUGUGGUGUUAUAUCUGUAAAUGCAUUCAUAUGAUGCAAUUUAGGUCACGAUAAGCCUUUAUGAAAUGAUGGUAUUAUGGGGACCUCAAUUUUUACACAGUAGCUAACGUUACAAUACUCAAAUUCAGGUUUAAUAUGUAAUAUAUACUUAAGCCGAUUAUAAUAAAUUGUGAAUACAACUGAACAAAAAACUGGCAGUUGGAAUAUUCAGAUUUGUUAUUUGUGUUUUGCAAGGGCUCCCAUUUGGGGAUUAUGGUGGCUCGCGGCGCAUUGCGCGUUAUUCCCUGUGCGACUGACCGUUGCAUUUCAGAUCCGCUGCAUCAUUAGUAAUAGCCAUCCAAACCAGACUCGACUGAAACCAUUACUUCUGUACAUUGGCUGGCUAUGACAUUAUCCACUGGGAACAGACGUCAGUUCAGCGUCUAGUUUUGAUUUACAUUUGGUUGAGUUGUCAACUACCGUGAAUUCAACAUGAAAUCAACAAAACAUUUCACCAUGUCAUUGGAUUUAGGUAAAACAUUGUGUGAAAAAAAUACAAAAUGCCCUUACGUUGAUGACUUUUUGCAAAUACAAUCAGUUUUCCAUGUUGAUUCAACGUCAUCUAACAGAUUUUUGGGGUUGAAAUAACAAGGACACAAAGUUGAUUCAACCAGUUUUUGCCCAAUCAUAUCAAUAAUCGAAUUUCUUUGAUGCGAUUAUUUCCUAACAUGAUGAUGUGUUUUUUAUGUUUUUGUUUUGCAUACACUAGUGUGUACAUAAUUUACGUUUCUUUUUCAUUGUGAAACUGUUACACGGAGAUAAGGAUCUUACUCUAUUCUAUUUAUGACAAGGAUGGACACACCGUGAUGGACACACCGUAAAAAAUAUACAGUUGUUUCAACUAAUUAUUAUUAAGUAACUGGUUCCACAGCCUAUUUUAGUUUACUAACCUUUUCAGUUAAAGUGUUAACUGAACUUAAAAUGUUUAGUAGUGCCAACUUUAGAAAACUUGGGCAAAAAAUUCAGUAAACAUCAAAUUAUGUGUUUGUUCAACUUGUCUCAUAUGUUCAUACAACUAUUAUUUGGGCAUCUUAACUAAAAAAGUCUGUGUAACUGGUUACAGACACAAACAUUGCUUUUAACAUACAACAUUUUCAACAUACACUACCGGUCAAAAGUUUUAGAACACCUACUCAUUCCAGGGUUUUUCUUUAUUUUUACUCUUUUCUACAUUGCAGAAUAAUAGUGAUGACGUCAAAACUAUGAAAUAACAAAUAUGGAAUCACAUAGUAACCAAAAAAGUGUUAAACAAAUCAAAAUAUAUUUUAUAUUUGAGAUUCUUCAAAUAGCCACCCUUUGCCUUGAUGACAGCUUUAAACACUCUUGGCAUUCUCUCCACCAGCUUCACCUGGAAUGCUUUUCCAACAGUCUUGAAGGAGUUCCCACAUAUGCUGAGCACUUGUUGGCUGCUUUUCCUUCACUCUGAGGUCCGACUCAUCCCAAAACAUCUCAGGUUGAGGUCGGGGGAUUGUGGAGGCCAGGUCAACGCUCCAUCACUCUCCUCCUUGGUAAAAUAGCCCUUACACAGCCUGGAGGUGUGUUGGGUCAUUGUUCUGUUGAAAAACAAAUGAUAGUCCUACUAAGCCCAAACCAGAUGGGAUGGAGUAUCGCUGCAGAAUGCUGUGGUAGCCAUGCUGGUUAAGUGUGCCUUGAAUUCUAAAUAAAUCACAGACAGUGUCAGCAGCAAAGCACCCACACACCAUAACACCUCCUGCUCCAUGCUUUACGGUGGGAAAUACACAUACAGAGAUCAUCUGUUCACCAACAUCGCGUCUCACAAAGACAGUGGUUGGAACCAAAAAUCUCCAAUUUGGACUCCAGACCAAAGGACACAUUUCCACCGGUCUAAUGUCUAUUGCUCGUGUUUCUUGGCACAAGCAAGUCUCUUCUUAUUAUUGGUGUCCUUUAGUAGUGGUUUCUUUGCAGCAAUUCGACCAUGGAGGCCUGAUUCACACAGUCUCCUCUGAACAGUUGAUGUUGAGAUGUGUCUGUUGAACUCUCUUAAGCAUUUAUUUGGGCUGCAAUUUCUGAGGCUGGUAACUCUAAUGAACUUACAGUGCAAAAGUAUUCAUCCCCCGUGACGUUUUUUUCUAUUUUGUUGCAUUACAACCUGUCAUUUAAAUGGAUUUUUAUUUGAAUUUCAUGUAAUGGACAUACACAAAAUAGUCCAAAUUAGUGAAGUGAAAUGUAAAAAAUAACUGUUUAAAAAAAAAAAUACGGAAAAGUGGUGCGUGGAUACGUAUUCACACCUUUUGCUAUGAAGAGCCUAAAUAAGAUCUGUUGCAACCAAUUACCUUCAGAAGUCACAUAAUUAGUUAAAUAAAGUCCACCUGUGUGCAAUCUAAGUGUCACAUUAUCUCAGUAUACAUACACCUGUUCUGAAAGCCCCCAGAGUCUGCAACACCACUAAGCAAGGGGCAUCACCAAGCAAGCGACACCAUGAAGACCAAGGAGCUCUCGAAACAGGUCAGGGACAAAGUUGUGGAGAAGUACAGAUCAGGGUUGGGUUAUAAAAAAAUAUCAGAAACUUUGAACAUCCCACGGAGCACCAUUUAAUCCAAUAUAAAAAUACAAAGAAUAUGGCACCAUAAAACCUGCCAAGAGUGGGCCGCCCACCAAAACUUACGGACCAGGCAAGGAGGGCAUUAUUCGGAGAGGCAACAAAAAGACCAAAGAUAACCCUGAAGGACCUGCAAAGCUCCACAGCGGAGAUUGGAGUAUCUGUUCAUAGGACCACUUUAAGCCAUACACUCCACGGAGCUGGGCUUACAGAAGAGUGUCCAGAAAAAAGCCAUUGCUUAAAGAAAAAAUAAGCAAACACGUUUGGUGUUUGCAAAAAGGCAUGUGGGAAGGAAAACGCUAUGCCUGGCGCAAACCCAACACCUCUCAUCACCCCGAGAACAUCCCCACAGUGAAGCAUGGUGGUGGCAGCAUCAUUCUGUGGGGAUGUUUUUCAUCGGCAGGGACUUUCAAACUGGUCAGAAUUGAAGAAAUGAUGGAUGGCACUAAAUACAAGGAAAUUGAGACUGGGACGGAGGUUCACCUUCCAGCAGGCCAAUGACCCUAAGCAUACUGCUAAAGCAACACUUGAGUGGUUUAAGGGGAAACAUUUAAAUGUCUUGGAAUGGCCCAGUCAAAGCCCAGACCUCAAUUAAAUUCAGAAUCUGUGGUAUAACUUAAAGAUUGCUGUACACCAGCGGAACCCUUACAACUUGAAGAAGCUGGAGCAGUUUUGCCUUGAAGAAUGGGCAACAAUCCCAGUGGCUAGAUGUGCCAAGCUUAUAGAGACAUACCCCUAGAUACUUGCAGCUGUAAUUGCUGCAAAACGUGGCUCUACAAAGUAUUGACUUUGGGGGGUGAAUAGUUAUGCACGCUCAACUUUUCAGGAUUUUUUGUCUUAUUUGUUGUUUGUUUCACAAUACAACAUAUUUUGCAUCUUCAAAGUGGUAGGCGUGUUGUGUAAAUCAAAUGAUAUAAAGCCCCCCAAAAAUACAUUUUAAUUGCAGGUUGUAAGGCAACAAAAUAGGAAAAAUGCCAAGGGGGGUGAAUACUUUCACAAGCCACUGUAUCCUCUGCAGCAGAGCUAACUCGGUCUUCCAUUCCUGUGGUGGUCCUCAUGGGAGCCAGUUUCAUGAUAGCGAUUGAUGGUUUUUGCAACUGUACUUGAAGACACUUUUAAAGUUUUUGAAAUUUCCGUAUUGACUGACCUUCAUGUCUUAAAGUAAUGAUGGACUGUUGUUUCUCUUUGCUUAUUUGAGCUGCUCUUGCCAUAAUAUGGACUUAGUCUUUUACCAAACAUGGCUCUUCUGUUGAACACCCCUACCUAGUCACAACACAACUGAUUGGCUCUUAUGCAUUAAGAAGGAAAUAAAUUCCACAAAUUAACUUUUAAAAAGGCACACCUGUUAAUUGAAAUGUAUUCCAGGUGACUACCUCAUGAAGCUGGUUGAGAGAAUGCCAAGAGUGUGCAAAGCUGUCAUCAAGGCAAAAUGUGGCUAUUUGAAGAAUCUCAAAUCUCAAAUAUAUUUAGAUUUAUUUAACACUUUUUUGGUUACUACAUGAUUCAUAUGUGUUAUUUCAUAGUUUUC